GAGGCCGCGACCGUUCACCGGAUUCGCAUCAUGCUGACAUCGCGCAAUGUCCGCAGCCUGGAGAAAGUGUGCGCUGACCUGAUCAGCGGCGCCAAGAAGCAGAAACUGCGCGUUAAGGGACCGGUUCGCAUGCCGACCAAGAUCCUGCGUAUCACGACCCGUAAGAUGCCUUACGGUGAGGGUUCCAAGACUUGGGAUCGCUUCCAGAUGCGCCUGAACAAGCGUAUCAUCGAUCUGCACUCGCCGUCCGAGAUCGUCAAGUAGAUCACCUCGAUCAACAUCGAGCCCGGUGUAGAGGUCGAGGUCUUCAUUGCCGACCCUU